AUGCCUUCAAAUCACAACUGCACAAUCGAUGUCGAGAGGGCCUUUGGGCCCUCCGUCUCUUCGGUAUGCCUUGGUGGCUUCGACUUUACCUUGGUUUUUGAGGAGACGAUCCUCACGAUCCUGCCGCUAAGCCUGACCUUCCUUUUGUCCGUUGGUCGCGCUCUCCAGUUGCGGGAUGCGCUCGCCAAAGUCAACAAGUCAUGGCUUUUGCCUGUCAAGAUGCUCUCGUACGGGGUGUAUAUUGUUUUGCAGAUUGUUCUUCUGGCUCUGUGGGCGCAACCGCAUGCUCCUAAAACCAUGUCCACGCUCGCGGCGCUCUCGGUCACUCUGGUCACGUCCCUCUUCUUCCUAUACCUAUCAUAUCUGGAGCACACGCGGUCAGUACGGCCGUCGACUCUACUGACGCUGUACCUGGGCCUGUCUACUCUGCUCGAUCUCGCGCGCGUCCGGACGCUAUUUUACCUGCAAUCGGCUGAUGACCUGGCUGCAGUCUUUCUUGCUGGCUUCUGUGUCAAGGUCGUGAUUUUCGCUCUCGAACUGUACGAAAAGCGCCGUUUGCUUCGCCCCAAAUGGCAGGACUCCGCACCCGAAGCUACGAGCAGCACAUACGCGAGAGCACUGUUUAUUUGGCUGAAUAGCCUUAUGAUGAAAGGUUUCCGCGCGUCUCUGACCGUCGACACUCUGACCCCGAUAGACAACGAUCUCCUCAAGGCGUCAGAGCCAUCAUCGCUCCUGGAUCGGUGGAAUAAAGCGGACCAAACAAAAAAGCACGCAUUGCUCUGGACCUUCAUCGUGCAUUAUAAAUGGCAGAUACUGGCGGCUAUGCCAGCCCGACUAGCCUAUUCGGCGUUUACCCUUUCCCAGCCCUUCCUUGUCCAAAGAGUCCUCGACUAUACCGCCGCGCCCCCGUCAGAAUCCGACAAGAAUACAGCUUACGGCCUGAUUGCCGCCUACGCUCUCGCCUAUAUUGGGAUUGCUAUCGCAUAUGCAGUCUACGAGCUCAAGGUGUAUCGCGCCAUCACUCUCUUCCGAGGCAGCCUGAUCUCUGUUAUUUUCGACAAAACGCUUCGAGUCAGCUCCCACGCUGCUUCUGAUGCCGAGGCAAUGACUUUGAUGAGUGCAGAUAUUGACCGCAUUGGACUGAGCAUGGAGGACGUGCACGAGCUGUACGCUGGUCCAAUCGAGCUUGGCAUUGCCCUUUGGCUUUUGUAUAGACUCCUCGGAGUGGCGAUGGGUGCUUCCACCGCCUUUGUUGUUGUAUGUCUCGUCGGAAGCUUGCGAGUUGCAACCAUCGCUGGUGACGCCCAAGUCCCUUGGCUCGAAGCUAUCGAAACUCGAAUGGAAGCAACUUCCGGUGCUCUUGGUGCUUUGAAAGGCAUCAGAAUGACCGGUGUGAGUGGCGCCAUUUCCGCCAUGAUUACCCGCCUUCGUCAGGAGGAAAUUCGGUCUUCUCUUCGAUACCGUCUUUGGAACAUCUUCUUGAAUGCUUUCUUCUAUUUGUCGUCUACUUUCGCACCUGUUUGGGGAUUCGGUGUCUACAUUCUGCUGGCCAGGUCCAGACACACAGAGACUCUCACGGAACAGAUCAUCUUCCCCGCCCUCACUUUGUACGAGCUCUCCGACCAACCCACAAUCAACAUUCCCGACGCGCUUGAGCAUGCGCAGACAAUCUUGAAUUGCUUUGAGCGCAUUCAGGAGUACCUCGUCGCCGAUGAGCAAGGUGACUCCAGCACUGAUCCGGAAGAAGUAUCAAGGGUCUCGAGCAACAAUGAGAAGGACAGCUCUAGCACUACUUCAUCUCAAGAAAAACACGCAAGUGUUGAGGAGAGUGCGCCACCUGCCGUUUUGGAGAAGGCAGAUUUGACAAGCCCUGACGCUAUCUACACCGCACGCAAUGCCACGGCCGGAUACUCUUCUGAAAAGGAGCCAGUGCUCAAAGCUCUCAAUUUUGACAUUGUGAAAUCCAAGACCACCAUGAUUCUCGGACCCGUUGGCUGUGGCAAGUCCACGUUUCUCAGACUUUUGCUUGGCGAAAUACCCGAGGUAGGGGGCUCUGUGAACAAAAAAUUCCCCAGCUCCGCAUACUGUCCCCAGUCCUCUUGGAUCUUUCGAGGCACAAUCCGCGACAACAUCGUCGGCUUGUCUACUUGGGACGAGUCUCGAUACAACAGUGUUGUACAGGCAUGCUCUCUCUCGGCUGAUUUUGAAAUUCUGCCCAAUGGUGACCGCACCGAAGUUGGCACGCGUGGCUCUCAUCUCAGUGGUGGCCAGCAAAUGCGGAUUUCUCUUGCGCGAGCACUGUUUUCGGGCGAGGAUGUCAUUAUUCUCGAUGACGUACUGGCAGGAGUCGACCGCAUUACCGAGUCAGGCAUACUUGACUCCGUGUUCGGCCGCGACGGCCUGCUCCGAAAGUGGAAUGCCACGGUCGUUCUAGCCACCAGCUCGAUUCGCCCCCUCCGCUACUCAGACACUGUCAUCGUGCUCGACAGACACGGCAACAUUACUCAACAGUGCACACCGGAUGAGCUGUCUGAUGUCAAGCUCGACCUGGAGCGUUCGGGUGACGAUGAAUCGGCUGAACGUGAGCCCGGUCUGGAUCUUGAACUCCCAGACGAGAUUCUCGAAUACAUGGCCGCCGCUGAAGUGGAGGAUGUCGACGGUGACCGCCGUGUUGGCGACGCCGCCAUCUACGCCUACUUUAUCAGUGUUGCUGGUUGGUGGUACAUGGUGCUCUAUGUCAUUCUCUAUGCCGCGUUUGUCUUUGGUCUCCGAUUCCCAGCUCUUUGGCUACAGUGGUGGGCCAACGCCAACGAGAAGCAUCCCAAUGAAAACGUCGGAUAUUGGCUUGGUGUCUACGCUGCCAUUGCAUCUACCGCUUUCGUCGGAAGUGUUGCAUCUGACUCGGUCUUCCAGCUGAAAAUUGUCCCCAAAAUGAUGGUGGAGUUCCACAACCGUCUGUUGGUCACAACAAUGAACGCCACAACAAGAUUCAUCACCUCCAAAGACACCGGCACGAUCCUCAACCGUUUCAGUCAAGAUCUCAACCUCAUUGAUGCCGAGCUUCCCAGUGCGCUGGACAAGACGGUCAUUGCGAUCUUAUCGGCUCUCUUCUCUGCCGUUCUGGUAUUUAUCGGUUCAAGCUAUGUAGGUGCGGCCAUUCCGCUCUGCAUUGGCGCUCUGUACAUCAUCCAGCUUUACUACCUCCGCACGUCCCGUCAGCUUCGACUGCUGGACAUUGAAUCCAAGGCACCGCUGUUUUCCCUCUUUGUGGAAAGCAUCGAAGGUCUUGCUAGCAUUCGUGCCUACAACUGGUCCCGUCAUUACAUGCAGCGCAGCAUCGACAUUCUCAACUCGUCGCAAAAGCCAUACUACCUCAUGUGGUGCAUCCAGCGGUGGCUGACUCUGGUCCUGAACCUUGUGGUCGCUGCGGUCGCCAUUCUUCUUGUUGGUCUUGCAACCAACAUCCGCAGCGGCUCUACUGGUUUCCUCGGUGUCGCGCUGUUCAACAUUGUCUCGUUCAGUCAGACUCUGCAGCUGGUCGUCACGGAGUGGACUCAUCUGGAGACUGCCAUCGGAGCUGUCAGCCGUGUUCGAUCAUUUGUGCUCGGCACCGAACGAGAGGAUGCCGUGGGCGAGACGCAGGAUCUUCCCAGCGAUUGGCCACAGAGCGGUUCCAUCACAUUCACCAACGUUUCUGCUUCGUACGAGGCGAGCCUAGGGCCUGUUCUUCAGAACAUCAGCCUAACCAUCAAGAACGGUGAGAGAGUCGCCAUCUGUGGCCGCACCGGCAGCGGCAAGUCUUCUUGCGUGUCUUCCCUGUUCCGCAUGCUGGACCUCGACACUGGCUCGAUCGUGAUCGAUGGCGUUGACAUUGCCAAGGCACCCAGGGACGAACUGCGCAUGCGACUCAACACUGUCCCUCAGCAGCCCUUCUUCCUCUACGGCAGUGUGCGAGAUAACAUUGACCCGCUCGGCACGGCGACCGACGAGCGCCUCGUUGAGGUUUUGACUACCGUGCAGCUGUGGGACAUUUUUGAGGAGCACGGCGGUCUCGAUGAGGACAUGGACUCGGACCUGCUCUCUCACGGACAGCGACAGCUCUUUUGCCUGGGGCGUGCCAUGGUCCGCAGUGGCCGCAUCCUGGUUCUGGAUGAGUUUUCUAGCAGCGUUGAUGCUGAUACCGAUGAUAUGAUGCACCGCAUCAUCCACGACGAGUUUGAAGGACAGACUGUGAUUGCUAUUGCGCACAAGCUAGACACCAUUCUCGACUUUGACCGCAUCGUGUUCCUUGACAAGGGUGAGAUUGCCGAGAUUGGUGCUCCGCGAGAACUUCUUGCCACGGAGGGCUCGCUCUUCCGAGCGCAGUAUGAGAGUUCCGCCAACUAG